CUCAGUGUCCUCAGUGAGGCUUGGGCAGUCCGGAGGAGACGGAACGUCUGGAGCCUCCAAGGUCACCGGGACACCGCUUCGUUGACCCUCCUCGAGACCCCGUAUCCCUUCUCUGCCUCCUGAGAUCCCUGUCGGUCUCUGCAUGGCGGACGACAGCAGCGAUGCGGCCGGGGACCCGCGCCCCGCGCCCGCCCCGGUGCGACGCCGCUCCUCAGCCAACUACCGCGCCUACGCCACCGAACCGCAUGCCAAGAAAAAGUCUAAGAUCUCCGCCUCAAGAAAACUGCAGCUGAAGACCCUGAUGCUGCAGAUUGCAAAGCAGGAGCUGGAGCGGGAGGCCGAAGAGAGGAGGGGAGAGAAGGGUCGCGCUCUGAGCACCCGCUGCCAGCCUCUGGAGUUGGCUGGGCUGGGCUUCGCGGAGCUGCAGGACUUAUGCCGACAGCUCCACGCCCGGGUGGACAAAGUGGAUGAAGAGAGAUACGACGUAGAGGCGAAAGUUACCAAGAACAUCACCGAGAUUGCAGAUCUGACCCAGAAGAUCUUUGACCUUCGUGGAAAGUUCAAGAGGCCCACCCUGCGGAGGGUGCGCAUCUCUGCAGAUGCCAUGAUGCAGGCACUGCUGGGGGCCCGGGCUAAAGAGUCUUUGGACCUGCGGGCCCACCUCAAGCAGGUGAAGAAGGAGGACACCGAGAAGGAGAACCGGGAGAUAGGAGACUGGCGCAAGAACAUCGAUGCGCUGAGCGGAAUGGAAGGCCGCAAGAAGAAGUUUGAGGGCUAAGCCUCCCUACCUACCACUGUGGCCCUGAGAAUGGCCCAGAGGAAUAAAAAGCUUCUCCCUGA